AUGCGCAUUUUCCUUACUUUUCACAUACUUUUCCUAAUAUCCGUCUUAAUAAUCACAUCAAAUGCUAAGCAUAAUUCUACAACAAUCGAUCAUCUUAAUAUAAGCAGAGCUCUUAUAAGUCAGGAUGAAGAGAUUGAAAUUUAUACAUACGAUAUAAAUACUUUUGUUGUCAUUGGUAAUCCUCCCGUUCCAUACAAUAAACGUCAUAAAUCCAAACGUCAUUAUAACAUAUACAAACGUCGUCAUCCCAUAAUUUACAGUAAACGUCAAUAUUACGGCGAUUCGGAAAAUUCCACAAUGUCUUUAGCAUCAAUCUUGAAAAAUGGAAAUUGGUAUUUCACAGUAAUAACCUUAGGUAUUUUAAUUAGUUCUUUCUUAUAA